AUGAUAAAACCAGGAUAUGAUUCACAUAUUUAUUUUUUCCUUCUUCCAUCUCCCAUAAACAUAACAGGACUGAACGCAACAGAAGAGGCCGUUGGUAUGCCUCCAAGUGACCCCUCGCCCGCUCGCACCACUGCAUUCUCACCCACAAGCAUCUCUGAAAGAGGAAAUGACUCCUCAGAGACCACACGUCUUCCUAGCCCAGGCAGCACCUCAGCUGAAGUGUUGCUGAUCUCUCUGGAUAAUGCUAGUGCUCCUGCUUUGACAGGUUGGCACGGAUAUCGUCCUGGGAUGUACACGGAGAACUCAGGUGCCACCUUCCCAUCAGGGAACUUAAAGACGGGUGUCACAACAUCACCGACGCCUCACCUUUCCACGCAUGCAGCCUUGCAGGCGUCCUCUGCCGGAUCUGACACUCAGACACUCAGCAGCCAGGCUGCCGCUCUCCCACGCACCCCUGCUCCGGGCAGGAAUGACACACCAGGUGUUCCAGAAGAGACGAUUACAUCCAGCACCUUCCCUGCAGACACACCUUUGACACCAGUAGCCACCCUCAGCCCUGCACACAGCAGCUCUGCUGCCUUACCUUCACGCAUCUCCAACAUCACCACCAAAGAUAACUCCUCAGGUUUGACUAUGAUGCUUGAGGUGGUUCAGGUUAUGGAUGAAGAAAUGGAAACUUGGAAUUUAAUGCAGCUCUUAUUUCACAUGAAAUAUUAUUUAUCUGCACCAUACGCCCACUGCACCACCCACUCUGAGUCCUGCAACAGUCAUGGCCUCUCCAGCCGCUCCCACACUUCUACUCCACGUCAGCCAUCAUGUGGGGACAAAUAUGAAAAAAUCUCUGUGGACUACCAUUAUGACAAGACAAACAACUAUUUUAAUGCAAAACUAAAUGUUGGUGAUGUAGUGGAAUGUGCAUCUACUGAUAAAAAUAUUACGUGUGUAAACAAUACAAUUAGUUUGAAGGGCCUACAAGAAUGUGAAAUUUUCGCUGUUGAUAUAUCUCAUGAUUCGUGUUCUACUCCACAUAAAAGUUUACAGUUAGUAGUACCACCAGAUCCUCAAAAUUUUACACUAGUUGAGUGUGUAGAGGCUGAUAAAGCAGAUACCUCUAUUUGUUUACAAUGGAACAAAAGUGGCGCUACUUGUGAAAAAGAUAAAAUUGCAUACAAAUUUCAAUGUGAUCAUUCACCUUCAUCUAAUGUGACAUAUUCAUCUAAUGGGACACAAUUUAAAGCAGAAGGCCUUGAACCUAACCGUAAUCAUACUUGCCAUUCACAAAUAAUCUAUAAUAAUCAUUUGCUUAUUAAUAAAACAGAAAUUAUUGCAACAGAUUUUGGAAUUCCAAAAGGGCCUGAAAAUCUUAUGUGUGGAAAUAAAAGCUCAGAUCAAGGAGAGAUUACCUGGAAACCCCCUCAAAAUUCUUUUGACAACUUUACUCUUUGUUAUCAGAACACUUCAGAUCAAAAAUGCUUCCAUCCGGAUAAAAGUCAGACCAAAUAUGAUUUGCAAAAUUUGAAACCUUAUACAAAAUAUAGUGUAUCAUUACGUGCCCAUGUCACCGGAAAAGUACUACGGAGUGGAACUGCUGUGACAUGCACUUUUACAACAGGAACAGCACCUCCAAGCAAGGUCAGGAACCUGAAGGUUUUGCGGAAUUCAGAUAAUAGUGUGACUGUGACUUGUGACAGUCCUGAGGAUGUUAAUGGCCCCAGCCCAUACAACUACUCUUUGAAAGUCAAAACUGGAGAGUACCUGGCUAGAGAGGAAACAGGCAAAAAUUGCCACUUCUCUGUAGAAAACCUUCAGUAUUCAACAACAUAUACGUUUGAGGUCUACUAUAAUAAUAAGAAACAUCAUGGACUUUCAAAAAGUGUUUCAGAAACAACAUCUUAUAAUUCUAAAGCCUUGAUUAUAUUUCUGGUAUUUCUUAUUAUUGUGACAUCAAUAGCCCUGCUGAUUGUCCUCUAUAAAAUCUAUGAUCUGCAUAAGAAAAGAUCCAGCAAUUUAGAUGAACAACAGGAGCUUGUUGAAAGGGAUGAUGAGAAACAGCUGAUGAACGUGGAGCCAAUCCAUGCAGAUAUUUUGUUGGACACUUACAAGAAAAAGAUUGCUGACGAAGGAAGACUUUUUCUGGCUGAAUUUCAGAGCAUUCCACGGGUGUUCAGCAAGUUUUCUAUCAAGGAUGCUCGAAAACCCUUUAACCAAAAUAAAAACCGUUAUGUUGACAUCCUUCCUUAUGAUUACAACCGUGUUGAACUCUCUGAUAUAAAUGGAGAUGCAGGGUCAAAUUAUAUCAAUGCCAGCUAUAUUGAUGGUUUCAAAGAACCCAGGAAAUACAUUGCUGCACAAGGUCCCAGGGAUGAAACUGUUGAUGAUUUCUGGCGGAUGAUCUGGGAACAGAAAGCCACGGUUAUUGUCAUGGUCACUCGAUGUGAAGAAGGAAACAGGAACAAGUGUGCAGAAUACUGGCCAUCAAUGGAAGAGGGCAGCCGGGCUUUUGGAGAUGUUGUUGUGAAGAUCAAUGAGCACAAAAGAUGUCCAGAUUAUAUCAUUCAGAAGCUGAAUGUUACAAAUAAAAAAGAAAAAGUAACCGGAAGAGAGGUGACUCACAUCCAGUUCACCAGCUGGCCGGACCACGGGGUGCCCGAGGACCCUCACCUGCUCCUCAAGCUGCGACGGCGCGUGAACGCGUUCAGCAACUUCUUCAGCGGCCCCAUCGUGGUGCACUGCAGCGCUGGUGUGGGACGCACAGGCACCUAUAUCGGCAUUGACGCCAUGCUGGAAGGCCUGGAGGCAGAGAACAAGGUGGAUGUGUAUGGCUACGUCGUCAAGCUAAGGCGACAGAGAUGCCUGAUGGUUCAAGUGGAGGCACAGUAUAUCCUGAUCCAUCAGGCCUUGGUGGAAUACAAUCAGUUUGGAGAAACAGAAGUGAGCUUGUCUGAAUUACAUUCAUAUCUACCUAACAUGAAGAAGAGAGACCCACCCAGUGAGCCAUCUCCACUGGAGGCUGAAUUCCAGAGACUUCCAUCAUAUAGGAGCUGGAGGACACAACACAUUGGAAAUCAAGAAGAAAAUAAAAGUAAAAACAGGAAUUCUCACAUCAUUCCAUAUGACUUUAACAGAGUGCCACUUAAACAUGAACUGGAAGUGAGCAAAGAGAGUGAGCGUGAUUCAGAUGAAUCUUCUGAUGACGACAGUGACUCAGAGGAAACCAGCAAAUACAUUAAUGCAUCUUUUAUAAUGAGUUACUGGAAGCCUGAGGUGAUGAUUGCUGCUCAGGGACCGCUGAAAGAGACCGUUGGUGACUUUUGGCAGAUGAUAUUCCAAAGAAAAGUCAAAGUUAUUGUUAUGCUGACAGAGCUAAGGAGUGGAGACCAGGAAGCCUGUGCUCAGUACUGGGGAGAAGGGAAGCAAACAUAUGGAGACAUAGAAGUUGAUAUGAAAGAAACCAACAUAUCUCCAGCUUACACCCUCCGUGUAUUUGAAUUGAGGCAUUCCAAGAGGAAAGAUCCUCGAACUGUGUGCCAAUAUCAAUACACCAACUGGAAUGUGGAAGAGCUUCCUGCAGAACCCGAGGAGUUGAUCUCUAUGAUUCAGGUUCUCAAACAAAAACUUCCCAAGAGGAGUGCCCCUGAAGGGAACAAGCAUCACAAGAGUGCAUCUCUCCUGGUUCACUGCAGAGAUGGAUCUCAGCAAACAGGAAUAUUUUGUGCCUUGUUAAAUCUCUUGGAAAGCGCAGAAACAGAAGAAGUGAUAGAUGUUUUUCAAGUAGUGAAAUCUCUACGCAAAGCUAGGCCAGGAAUGAUUCCCACCUUUGAGCAAUACCAAUUCCUAUAUGACAUCAUUGCUAGCACCUAUCCUGCCCAGAAUGGACAAGUAAAGAAAAACAACAAUCAAGAAGAUAAAAUUGAAUUUGAUAAUGAAGUGGACAAAACAAAACAGGAUGCUAAUUGUGUUAGUUCACCUGAUGCCCUAGAUAAGGUCCAGGAAGGAAACAAAGAGGAAGAAGGUUCCAAACCCACAAGUGAUCCUGAGGAGCCAGAGCACUCUGCCAAUGGUCCAGCAAGUCCAGCUUUAACUCAAAGUGCAUAGGAAAAGACAUAAGUGGGACAACU